AUGUCCGCUCAUAAAGAAGCCUGGCAAACAGAACGACCGACUAUUAGAUCAAGAAGCAAAUUUAUGUUUAACAACGAGCUCCUCAGCGAUGUUAGUUUCGUCGUUCCGGUGCAACUCGAUGAAAUUAGCAGCAAGAAAUGCUGGAAGGCUAUUUCAGCACACAAGUUCGUCCUCGCGAUAAGCAGCCCUGUGUUUUUUGCCAUGUUCUAUGGUGACCUUGCCGAGAAGUCAGAUUCUAUCAGGCUUCCUGAUUGUGAGUACGAGAGUCUGUUAGAACUGUUUCGCUUUGUGUAUUGCGAUGAAGCGAGGCUUACUCCUGACAACGUCAUGCAAGUGCUGUAUUUGGCUAAGAAGUACAUCUUGCCCUCACUUGUUGAGAGAUGUACUGAAUAUCUGCUCGAAGUCCUGAAUGUUUCUAAUGUAUUUUGCGUCUUGUCUCACGCCCUAAAUUACGGAGAGAAAAAGCUUGUGAGUCACUGCUGGAAAGUUAUCGACAAGGAGGCUGAAGAAGCCGUGAAAACAGAAGGAUUUGAAACGAUAGAUAGAUCCCUGUUGGAAGACCUUGUCAAGAGAGAUUCUCUAAACAUCAAAGAGGUAGACUUAUUCAGAGCAGUCGAUACUUGGGCAGUAGAAGAAUGUAAACGUCUUGAUAUGGCAGCCAAUGGUGCAUCCAAAAGGUUGGUUCUCGGGGACAAGGUUGUGAACGCAAUACGUUUUCCAGUCAUGAAACGGAAUGAAUUCAGUAAUUCUGUUCUUGAUUGCAACAUAUUAACUUCACAUGAGGCCAUCAUCAUGGAGGAUUACUUCAACACCCCAAUUUUUAGCCCACCAAACUAUUUCUCAAAAGCUCCAAGAACUGGCCUACGCCAGAGAUGUUGUCGAUUUAAAUCUGUUGUUCUUGAAACUGGGUUAAUCUACGGUUCUUACCACAGUGACUAUCUUUAUUUUUCAGUAAACAGGGACAUUGUCUUGUAUGGAAUUUGUUUGUUUGGAAGUGAAAAUCGCAAAUACCAGGCUACAGUAACAGUUAGAAAAGCAUCUAAUGGUUUGUUUAAGGCCACUAAGAUAGGAAAAUAUUCUUCCAUACCCAUGGAAUUAGAGGAAGAAGAAGGUAGUUUUUAUGCCUUUGAUGUUCUGUUUGAUAAGCCAGUGUCUCUGAAAAAGAACACUUGGUAUUAUGUGAAAGCUGCUAUGUCUGGUCCCAUUAUUUGGCAUGGAAAGGGAGGAGUGAAGUCCAUCCAUUGUCCAGGGGUACAAUUCAGCUUUAAGGACCAUCCAAAAAAUAAUAAAAGAACCAACAUUGCAGAUGGACAGUUUCCUCAGUUCCUCUUUAGUUUGGAGUAA